AUGGAGGAUGUACCAGUCGCCUCGCAAUUCUACACAGAUGGCUCCAAACAUGAUAACGGAGUGGGUUGUGCUUAUGCUUAUUAUGAGCAUGGUACACUUCACAGUCAAUGGAAAGGUCAUCUUGCAGCUCACAAUAGUAUCUUCCAGGCGGAGGCCAUAGCAAUUGAAGCGGCAAUACAGUACGCACAUGACAUACAACUUGCACGAACAGAAAUCUGCACAGACAGCAUGUCAGUGCUGCAGGCAUUAAAGAAUCAUCAUCACACAUCUCCCAUAAUCCUGCAAAUCCAACAGACAUUGCAUAGCAACCAGCAAUCUAACAUCAAGCUAAAAUGGGUAAGAGGCCACUCUGGGAUCGCAGGCAAUGAGAUGGCAGAUCAACUGGCCAAUGAGGCAGCAACCAACAAUAAUGCACAGGCUGUCUCAGCACUAAUCCCGCCGUCAUUUUUAAAAAGACAACUAAGAGACAUAGGGAAUAAACAAUGGCAACACGAAUGGGAGAAUGGAGAUACCGGCAGAAGGACUUUCGAAUUCUACCCUGUAGUAGAUAAAGAACGCUUACAGGCCAUACCCCCUUUAGGUAAACUAUAUCACGGGGCAUGGCCCUUUUCCCACCUUCUUUUAUAA